AUGGUACAGUUAUUGCACGUAGUAAUUGGACUAAUUGCAAGUACGAGUAGCGUGCGAGCGAUCGAGCAGACAAGCAUAUCUGACGUAUCACUUGCCGAGAAUACUCAUGGGUUAUCCGUUGGUGUUGUUGAUCCCUUACUCACUAGUGGUGGUAACUGUCCUAGUGAUGGUCGUAACUGUGACAACGAUCCGUUCUCUUCGCAACGUAACGGUGCUUCGGAUGCUGCUGAAACAACAUCAGUUCGUCACCUUGCUACUCGAGCAUUAUUAUCUCCCACAUGUCAGCCGUUUAUCAAUCCAUUCAUGAAUGAAGGAACCCGUUUCCUCAACGCCAUUUCGUACAUUAUGUACAAUCCAGUUGUAGCUGGACCUACUACAAUGGGAUGCUAUUGUAGUGAUGAUGGUACUAAUACCAUCUGUGUGACCUCUCGUUCGCAGUUUCACUAUACUUCUGUGCAGGACUUCGUGAUUGCUAUUGGUAAUCCAACGGUAUCUUCUCAGCUUAACUCAUACUGUUGGAAGUGCAACCGAACUGCUCCUGUAAUCGAGGCUGUAGCAUCAGCUUUCUCUGUCUCAGUGUAUCCAAGUGCCAUUGCUGCAGGUAUCCAGCCCCCUGCCCCUGCCAAUGGAGUGUCUCACUCUCCAAGCAGCUAUAGUAUUACAGCGACUAUCGGGGCUAUCUGUGCUAUUAUCCUCUUUAUGUACGGAGUUUAA